CUGAAAGAAUUAUGGGUCCCAUUUCCAGGCUACUGUGAGUGGCUUCAUGUGACAUGCGGCAAUCAUUUAGUGCCUCCGCACGCUCCCACCGCACGCCGCAGACUGCCCUCCCGAGAAGGAAACCGACGCGGAGAUGGAGGAGAAGCCGACGGAGAUCAGCAGCUCGAAGAUGUUCGGAGGGUACAAUCGUCGGUACCGCCACUUCAGCCCCACGCUGGGAUGUUCAAUGACCUUCACCGUCUACGUCCCCCCGCCGUCCUCCCCUUCCCAGAAGUUCCCCAUCCUUUACUGGCUCUCUGGCCUGACAUGUACGGAUGAGAAUUUUAUUAUGAAGUCUGGAGCACAGCGGGCAGCUUCGGGUGAGGGCAUUGCAUUAGUUGCUCCCGAUACAUCUCCAAGGGGACUGAACGUAGAAGGAGAGGCAGAUAGCUGGGAUUUUGGUGUAG